GUUAAGCGGUGCCCGAAAUGUCGGAUUACGUUUCGCCGUUUCUCGUUUUAAAUUUAGGCUCCGAAAUGGUUUUUGUUAUAGCGCAACGUUUACAAGCUCACGACGUAACGCGCGAUAGGGCAUCACUCGUACUAAACAAUAUCAUAUCGGUACUGAUUUCACCGCAGCUCAUUGCCGAGUUAACAAAACCGCAACCUCCACUAAGUCCAGAGGCCGUUAAAAGUAUAAUCGAAGAUGUAACGCAAUCCUCAAUCAUGCGUUUGGACACCAACAGCAUGGCGAAACUGUGGGAUUUAAUCACAAUGGUUUUCAAAUGGCAAGUCACAAUGACCACGGAUAUCAUGGCGUUGACACUCCGGCACCUCUAUGAAAUCGAGACCUACCUCAUAAAUCCCGACACCCACCUUCAGCUCCACAGAGUACAAAACGUAGUGGAAAACUUCAACAAGAUUUUCAACAAAAACGAAAAGGAGAAGCUGCACGCCGGCAUCGUGGAGUGGCUGCAGAGCUUCAACGUCCGAGUCUCGCUCCUGCUGCGAAUGGGGUUGCAAAACGAAGACGCGAGUUUCACCUCCAACAACAACAACGCCGUAGCGGAAGACAUGCUGAAGAAUUUGGGCGAGAACAUCUACGAGGUGACGCAAAACGGCAAAAUCCUGGAGCCGGACCCGCACGAAGAGGAAGAGGAGCGACUCGACAACAAAGAGCUGGAGGUGUUCGCGAACGAAAUGCUAGGCGCUCGAAAGCUGAGCGCUGCGGAGAACGGCCCCAACAUGAAUUUGCACAUUAACGAGUUCCAGCGCAAGGAGAAGGACGACAUUCAGCUCAAAAUUUUCGAUAACAUUAAAGUUUCGACGCCCGAUGACGCUUUGAAGAAAAUCUUCAGCGAUUUAAACCUGGACGAUUUUGAGGAGGAUUCUUCUAUGAAGGAUGAUUUGUUGGAUAUCAUCGGAUCUGAAACUGUCUAGUCACAUUUUCAGCUUUGUUUAUUGUGUUUUUGUUAAAUUAUUUAUAAUGCUAAGAAUCUGUGUACUUAUAUUUGUUUAUAAAAGUAUUUUAUAAUGCCAACCAAGGGAUUUUUCUCACAGCGCUAGAGAACUUUGUAUCUGUUGAAAAAUUGCAUGAACGGAUGAUGGGGAGCAUAAAAAAGCUACACGUACUGUUCGGUUAUUGACCAACUUGCAUCAAGAAAAUGGAACAAUGCAAAGGACUUAUUUAAAUUCGAAAUCACUCCGUUGACUAUAAGUACUUGCGUCUACAGAGUAAGUCGUAAUUAUUAUUUUAGGUAAGGGGAGACAUUCCGUUUACUAGCUGGAAUUCUGGAUGCAGGAGACUCAAUCCAUAAUUUCAAGUGUCUAUAAAAAAACACACAUGGCUUGGUUCUUACAAAAAUUAAUCACCCGCUCAGCAGACAGCUUCGGCAAAUUUUUUAAAAACGAAAACCUAGGAAAAUCAUGGCCCAUUGGAAAGGGAGUAGAGCGUUUGCCGUUUUAAAGUGAAAUGGCACAGAUACCACCCUCGCACUUGCGCAUGCGUGAUUCUGCCCAAGAGCUCCUUUUAUAUCUAAGAAAAUGUGUACAAAUUUGAUUCCAAUCGAUACAGCCGUUAACUUGAAAAUGAGAGUACAGCUAGGAAGACCGACAGAGCAAAACCACUAGAAGAGGAUGGUGAAUUGAUGAGAGAUCGUGAAAGAUAUCCUUGAACCAAAUACUGGCUCCCAGACUUAUGUUAUCAAGUGUGUUCCUCUCGAUCUAAGGGUUGGUUUACUGGUUGGCUACGUCUGGGAUUUGUGAAUUCACCAUUCCAAAUUCAACAGGAAAUGCACUUUCUUUUGGAACUGCAUGGCUAACUUGUAAAUUUCCCACAUAUUUUGUUCAAAUUUCUUUUAAAAACCUCAAAUUUUCUGAUUCCUCAGGAUACUCUUUCUUUCCUGCUAAACUCUCUUGAAGCUCUCAUACAAUCCUCAUCAAAUUCCCCUAGUUUCUCUCUCAUUUUUGUCUGAAACUAAAAUUAAGCAACGAUUUAUACUGCACACUGCGUGAGAUAUGCUAAAAGACGCAC